AUGGUGGGUCUUGGAAAAUUUAGCUUGAGUUCUAAUUCGAACGACUCCAAGGGUGAGACCCUCGAUAAUAAAGAAUCAAAGGACGUCAAUGCUGUUGCACCUAUAGAUACCGACAGUGAGAGCGUCAACGCUGGUGAGCUUGUCGUCUUGGAUAAAGGUGAUAGAAGAAUUGGUCUCAUCAGUGCCGCUUUCCUGAUCACCAACAGAAUUUUGGGUACCGGUAUUUUCUCUGUUACCAGUACCAUUUUAACCUUGAGUGGUUCCGUCGGUGUUACUUUGAUUUUGUGGGUUGUCGGUAUGAUUAUCGCCCUUGCUGGUUUGUACGUUUAUGCUGAGUUUGGUUCUUAUCCCUCUAGAUUGUUGCAGAGAAAUGGUGGUGAGAAGAACUACUUGGAGUACGUUUACAAGAACCCAAAGUUUCUGGUCACCUGUAUGUAUGCCAUGUAUGUGGUUCUGCUAGGUUGGGCUUCUGGUAACUCUGUGGUGUUUGGUGAGUAUAUUUUGAACGCUGCUAAUGUUGAGCCAACUGAAUGGGCUGCCAGAGGUAUUGGUAUUGCAUGUGUCUCUUUUGCCUUUUUGAUCAACACCUUGAAUGUUAAGGCCGGUCUUUUUGUGAUGAACACUUUAGGAUUCUUCAAAGUUGCCAUUGUGCUUCUUAUUUCGGUUACAGGAUGGGUUGCACUAGGUGGUGGUAUCAACAAUUCUGAGUUCGAACCCACUGGUGCCUUCAGCAACGCCUUUGAUGGUGAUUCUCCUUCUGGAUAUGGUAUCGUCAUGUCCCUUUACAACGUCAUUUGGGCCUUCGUGGGUUACAGUAACGUCAACUACUCACUUUCUGAGGUUAGAAAUCCUGUUAAGGCUUUGAAGAUUUCUGCUCCAAUUGCUGUCAUCUCUCUAGGUGUGAUCUACAUGUUUGUUAACAUUGCAUAUUUCGCUGUUGUACCUGGUGACGUUAUUAGGUCUUCAGGUAGAAUUAUUGCUGCACACUUUUUCAGAAUUGCCUUUGGUGAGACAGCAGAGAGAGCUUGUUCUGUCUUCGUGGCUCUGAGUGCUUUGGGAAAUGUUAUUUCCGUUAUUUUCUCUCAAGGUCGUAUUGUGCAACAAUUAGGAAGAGAGGGUGUUUUGCCAUUCUCCUCUUUCUUUGCUUCUCAAAGACCUUUCAACUCUCCGUUCACCGGUUUGUUUGAGCAUUGGGUGAUCUGUGUCAUCACAAUUGUUGCCCCACCAGCAGGUGAUGCUUACAACUUUGUUAUGAACUUGAUUUCAUACCCACUUAACAUUAUUAACUUCUUUGUUGCCAUCGGUUUACUUUGGUUACACUAUGAAGCCCGUAAGGGAAGAAGAGAAUGGACUCCUGUCAUCAAGUCACCAAUCGUAGUGACUUUCUUCUUUGCCCUUGCCUCUCUGUACCUGGUGGUAGCCCCAUACAUUCCUCCUACUGGUGGUCAAAACGUCUACAACGAUAUGCCUUACUGGAUUCACUGUGUUGCUGCCUGGGGUGUCUUUUUCGCCGGUGGUGUCUAUUGGGUUAUCUGGGCUAAGAUCUUACCAAGAUAUGGUAAGUACAAGCUGGUUUCCCGCGAUGUCUUGGAGGACGACGGUUUCUGGAGAAACAAGUUCUUCAAGAUUCCUUAUGGCUCGGAACUUUCUGAGGAAGAAUUCAUCGAAGAGCACCAAAAGAAUUUGUAA